ACUGCAUCCCUAGUUCGAACUAGGGAUGCAGUGUAGACAUACCCUUAGGGACAGAAAAGGGCCAUUUGCUUACAUGGCAAACUGACUCUCAGCGGAGCUUGGGUUUGUACCUCCCCUGUGAUCUAGUCAACGCAGCCUGAGUUUCCCCGCAGCUGCCCUGCCUUUGUGCACCAAAUCCAGCUCAGAGCAGGUGAUGGGUUAUGUCCUGGAGGAAGGAGAUUUUUGAGGGGUUGAGACUCUGCAGGGCUCUGACCCCGUCUGGCCCAUCUUCAGCAACCUGCUUGCUGCACGUCGAUGAGGGGUACGCCCAGCCCCCCAGGAGGCGACUGGCUCUGGGAUUGUUCCAUAGCACGCGGGAGGGCUGCAAAGAAAACUCUGUGUGUCUGUGUUUGUUUGUUCAGGGCCCAUCGCCGGGACCGCUGUGUGCUGUUACAGCAUGCAAAUGCUAUUUCUAAAGGUACGCAGGGAAUCGGAGAGCCCCACUGCGGUGCCAUCCCCUCCCGGCAGCUCCUUACUCUGAUUAUUUAUUGCAGAGAGCCCCAGGAACAUGGCAAGCAAAGAGAGUCCUUACUCCCCGUGGGCCCAGACCAGCCCUCAGCAUUCCCUGUAAGCUGAGCGCUCGGGCAGCCACCCAGGAGAGAUUCCAAUGCCACCCCGCUGAUUAGCAGCAUGCCCACAGCCUCCCACAGCAGGUGUUUCUACUGCUGGUGCACAUCUCUGCAUGCCUCGGUGCAGGUAACACAAUUUAUUCCGCACCUGGGUGGAAAAAAUGAGAGGGCACAUUGCCGGCCUUAUGCCUGCCGGGUUGUCCCCCCAGUGAGCGUUCCAAGAGGGAGAAUUCCCUGCGGUGUACCACACAGGGGGCGGGAACGGGAAUAGAUAUGGGAGUCACAGGGGGCGGGAAUGGGGAAUAGAUAUGGGAGUCACUCCUGGCAGAGCUAAGUUCCAGAACCAGGGCUGUUUGCCUGCAAACACCAAAUAAAGGAGUCUGCAGAGCUUGUGGUGACACCAGAACAGGCACGAGAGACAGAGCCCAGACCCUUUGGCUGCAACCAAAGAAGUCACCAUGCAGAGGAAGCAAGAGAGAGGGGAAGUCCCAGGCAAGGCUGCAGGAAAGCUCCUAAGAGAGCUGUAGCCAGCCUGGGAGGGAUCAGAUUACAGCAUCUGGCAAAAAGCCCCUAGCAAACAUCUCUCGUCUCCAAGGGCUCUGCUUUGUUGGCCAGAGCAUUUUUUGGGGGUCCAGGCUUGCGUCUUCUAAAAGGACCCUCACGCCAUCCCUGGCUCCAAGACCGCAGCAUCUGUAACCCACCUCCCCAGGAGCCGGCCAGCAAGCGAGCGCUGUGCGGAGACAGCGGGUGCUGCUUCGGAAGCUGAGCCUGUGACUGGUCUGGAGACGCGGAGAAGGAGCCUUUUAUGGUUUCCAGCAAACCUCCCGCGUCUUCCCACCACAUCUCCCUCCUCCAGCCCUGCACCUCCCCACACACCGACACAGACGUGGCCCGCAGAGGGCCGCCUGCCGCCGGCAGGAACUGGCUGUGAAGGCAGCAACAUGAACCUGAAAACGGUCGUCAUCCUCCUGGUUCUGGCGCUCGCCACAAUAUUCGCGCUGGUCUGGGUGCUGCUGACGAGAGGGAAGGCAGCCAGCUGCGAGUCCCAGCCCCCGAGCAGUCAGGGGGGAGAGCACGGGGACCAGAGCCUGGUCUUCGCCGAUCUGACGCCAAAAGAAAUGGUGGAGGUGGUGACGUAUCUCCACGACAACCUUGGGGUGUCCUUGGUAGAUGCCUCUCAGGCAAACCCCUCUGAUAACUGCAUUUACUACGUCGACGUGCAGCUGCCCCCCAAGGCCGAGGUGCUGGCCUUCUUGGACCGUAACGGCAGCCAACCGGCCCGGCAGGCGCUGGCAGUGGUGUACUUCGGAAACAAACCAGAUCCAAAUAUCACGGAGUACGUGGUGGGUCCCCUGCCCCGGCCGACGGCUCAUCGGGACGUCACGGUGCGGAAAUACGGCGGGGGGGGCCCGCACCAGAGGGAAUACAAGAAGAUCGACCUUUUCCUCCACCGGGAGUUCUCCAAAGCCCCACGCUUGCUCAGGGAGUGCUGUGAAUACGAUGGGACCAAUUUUGUUACCUUCACCACGGUUCCCCGGGGGUUCCAGUCGGGUGAUCGCGCCACAUGGUUUGUUGUGUUCCAGAAUGCGUACGGCAGGGGCUACUGCCUGCACCCGGUGGGGCUGGAGAUGCUGGUUAACCACAGCAGCCUGGACCUCUCCCAGUGGAGGGUAAGCCAAGUGUUCUACAACGGGAAGUACUACGAAGACAUGGCGCAGCUGGAGAGCGGGUUCAUUCAAGGCAACGUGAACGACGUCAAAGUUAAAAAAGUCCGACCGGAGGAGAAAUAUGGUUCCAUGAGGCCCACAGGGACCCAAUCCCUACCAGGCCCUUUGCCGUAUCAGCCUCGUGGGCCCCGCUACUGCAUCCAUCAUAAUCACGUCCUUUUCCAGGCCUGGAGUUUCUCCUUCGGGAUGGACGUGAACACAGGCCCGCGGCUGUUUGACAUCCGGUUCAACGGAGAGAGGGUUGUCUAUGAGCUGUCUCUCCAAGAAGCUCUUGCACUCUAUGGCUCCAAUUGUCCCGGGGGGAUGGUGACGCGCUAUAUGGACGGGAGCUUUGGCAUCGGGAAGCUGGCGUUUGAGCUGGUCCGAGGCGUUGACUGCCCCUACACAGCCACCUAUGUGGACAGACACUAUUUAGUCGAGUCGGAGACCCCUAAAGUGAAUAAAAACGUCAUGUGUGUUUUCGAACACAACACGGCCGUCCCGCUGCGGCGCCAUUUCUCCAACACGGAGUCCCUAUACUAUGGGGGUCUGGUGAAAUACGCGCUUGUUCUCAGGGCCAUUUCCACGCUCCUAAACUAUGACUACGUUUGGGACUUCAUCUUCUACCAGAACGGAGCGAUGGAAGUGAAAGUCCACGCCACGGGCUACAUUAGCUCCUCCUUUCUCUACGGCGAGGGCACGGACUAUGGCAGCCGGGUCGGGGAACACACUCUCGGGACAAUGCACAACCACCUCAUCAACUAUAAGGUGGACUUGGAUAUUGGAGGACUAAAGAAUUCUCUGGUGGCCCAUGACAUGACGUUCGAUGCCGUGCAGGCUCCGUGGAGCCCGGAGCACCAGAUCCACCGGCCACGCCUCACCAAGACAGUCCUGGACACCGAGGACAAGGCCGUGUUCCCGCUGCAUUCCAAGAUGCCCAGAUACAUCCACUUUGCCACCAACCUGGAAAACAAGUGGGGCCACCAGCGUGGCUACAGGAUCCAGAUCAUCAGCUUUGCCGGGGACCCCCUGCCAGAAGCCAGUUCCAUGGAGCGGUCCAUCAGCUGGGGGAGGUACAAACUGGCCGUCACCAAACGGAAAGAGGAGGAACCGACAAGUAGCAGCAUCUACAACCAGAACGACCCCUGGACGCCCACUGUGGCCUUCGCUGACUUCAUAAACAAUGAGACCAUCGUAAACGAGGACCUGGUUGCCUGGAUUUCAGUUGGUUUCCUGCAUGUCCCGCACUCGGAGGAUGUCCCUAACACGGUGACAGUGGGGAAUGGAGUCGGCUUUUUCCUGAGACCCUACAACUAUUUCAACGAAGACCCCUCUAGUCACUCCGCUGAUGGCGUCUAUUUCAGAAGUGACCAGGACCUCAGCAGCUGUGAAGUCAGCCAUCUUGCCUGCCUCUCCAAGUCAACGGCCUUGUGCUCACCAGUUCUGCCCCCAUUCACCUACAGUGGCUUCCAGAACCAGACAGGGGCCUGAGCUGCGGACUGCAGGGGCCGGUAGGCGUGCGGGUGUUCGGCUGCUCCUUGAGGCCACGUGCCUGAUCUGACGGACACCCGGAGAUCGGUAGAUGGGUUGUAUUAGUUGACACUGCUCACAAAAACGUCCGUGGAAGAACGUGUGCUCGCUCUGGCAGAUAGGACGUGGCUGGCUUGCUCUGCUGCUGGACCGAAAUCGAUAACUAUGCACUCCGGCCCGGCCAACGAGUUUGCAGGGCCCACGGCGGGGGGCCCCCACCUGGGGGCUCUGCUUCAGCUGCAAGUGCUGAGCUCCGACAGCACCACCCGUGCCGGGACGUGGAGCGGGCCCCGGACCCUGCAGGGGUCCCACGGACACCCUCGGCCCCACCUCCAGGCGCCCUGGAGUUCAGCGGUGACCAGGUCAUGGAGUGCCGGGGAAGGGGGUCGGGGAGUGUACAGACACCCGGCAUGGGGUCUUAGCCUGGAGCUUGGGCUGUGGCCUAGCCGGCAGAGUCUGGCUGGCUCGGGCAGCAGGGCCUGUGCAGCCGCUGGGGGCCUGAAUUGCAGGGCUUUUCGCUCAGGCUGUAGCGGCUCCC